AUCAUAAUAUCUGAUAUACGUGAUUUUUAUAUCUGAUAAAUAAAAUAUACCCACCAAUCAAUCUACAGAUAUAUAAUAAACACAUAUUAGAAUUUGUUUAUAGAAAAUGCAGUUGUUAUUAAAAACAUUAAAAACGAAGUGCUAUGCGCUUCACACCUAAGUUCACUUGCCAAGAAUUCGACAUAGAUAAAAUAAUCUCAUUCGUAUACCUAAAAAUACAAACAGAUCGAAAUUAUAAUAUACGAGUCUAGACAUGAUCGAUAAAAAAUGGAAAACACCAGAAAAUCCGUAUUCAGAAAAAAUCGCAGCAAAAGAAAGAAGUGAAAAAUAUUGAAUAGAAAAGUGACGUAGUUAAUAAGAUAGAAACUAUUUUUUGUUUUCUAAAAUCGUGCCAAAUUAAAAAUCACGUUUCUAUAAUAUGUUCCACUUUUCUGAAAAAAUAUUCGACUUUACAUAAAAUAGUGAUGUAUAAGUGAAAAAUAUGCCAGGUUUAACAUUUUUCGUAAAAUUAUGGAUAUGUCGAUCGAUGUUAAGGCACACGUUAACGAUAUGUGCCAUUUUAAAUUUUAACAAUGAUAUAAAUUUAAGAGCACCCCCACGAAGGCAAUCUAAACCGAACAAAAUCGACGUCUAUUGGAACAUUCCGACUUUUCAAUGUGAAUCACAGAAGUUGAAUUUUACCGCUCUAGCUGAUAAAUAUGGCUUUAUACAAAAUCCAAACAAUAAAUUUUGGGGUAAGAACAUAAAUAUUUUGUACGACCCCGGUAAUUUUCCGGCAAUUUUAAAAAAUACAAGUACUACCGUUAAAAGGAAUGGUGGUGUACCACAGGAAGGAAAUUUGACUGACCAUUUAAAAGUUUUUAAUGAAUUUUUGGAUACGAUGGUACCGGAUCAAACAUUUUCAGGUGUUGGAAUUAUAGAUUUCGAAAGUUGGAGACCGAUUUUUCGCCAAAAUUUCGGGACAUUAUCGGACUAUCGAACACUGUCGAUAUCUAUAGAAAAACAAAAACACCCUACGUGGCCUAAUAAUCAAUUAGAAAAAGAAGCAACUAGAAGAUUUGAAAGCAGUGCACGAAAAUUUAUGGAAAACACCCUAUUAGCGGCUAAAAAUGCCAGACCUUAUGCCAUUUGGGGAUAUUACGCUUAUCCAUACUGCUUUAAUAUGUCGCCAAAUAAUAAGAGAAAACAGUGUCCGAAAGAAGUUUUAGCAGAAAAUGACAGACAAAAAUGGCUGUUUCAGCGGGUAGAUAAUUUUUAUCCAUCCUUAUACUUCGAAAAAGUGAGAUUGAGUGCAAAUGACAAGAUGCAAAUGAUUGAGGGACGUAUUGAGGAAUCAAUGAGAAUCAUAAAAAAUAUUAGUAAGCGGAAAAAUAUCAUUCCAUAUUUUUGGUUCAAAUACCAGGAUAAACAACAGGAAUUUGUAUCAAAGGAAGAUCUCUUUAAUUCCUUCAGUGUCCUGGCGAGUUCGAAUAUAAAUGGACUGAUUAUUUGGGGUAGUAGUAAUGAUGUAAAUACAAAGAAAAAGUGCUUUGAGCUUUACCAGUACAUAGACAAUUUACUAGGACCGUUGUUGGUUCACAUCUUUUAAUUUAUUUAUUGAUAAUAGUGAUAUAAAUUGUUGAUGAUUGCUUGAGAAACACUGCCA